CAGUGGUGUUCGUGCCAUUCACAUGAUACACUCUCCAUAUUUCCACCAUUCCCUAUUCAUUUACAAUUCUCCUCAUUCAAUUCAGUUCUCAGAGCAAAGGAAAAAAUGGCCUACUUGCCGGAUGAAUUCGGAUCCGACUGUUUUGACUGCAUACCCGACCCGAUUAUAAUCCUCAUCUUCAACAACAUAUCUGACAUCAAGUCCCUCAUUCGUUGCCGAUCCGUUUCCAAGCGGUUCAACUCCCUUGUCCCUCAGACGGACUCAGUCCUCCUCCGUGUGGACAGAGUAAUCUCCGCCUCCGACUCGGAGUUUGAAGAUGGUGUUUCGUUUGUUUUCACAAUCUUCAAGUCGUUGUUCAAGACUCUUCAGGAUCUCAUUUCGCCAUACAGGGCUUCUUUGCCUGACCUGGCCCGAUGUCAGAACUCUCCGACCCAGAUCCUUCGCGGGUUCGACGGGAUAAGGAAUCUACGAGUCGAGUUGCCUUCUGGAGACCUGAGGCUCGAGAAGGGCACGACGAUUAAAUGGGUAGCGAGAUUUGGGAAGACCCUGAAGAACUGUGUAAUUUUGGGGUUCAGAAGUGGUAAUACAGGUUUGGAAGGAACGGUGGAUUUUAAUAAUAAUGACGGCGACGGAGCUGGAGGGGGACUGAAAAUGCGCGUUGUAUGGACUAUAAGCGUUUUGAUCGCUGCAUCUGCAAGGCAUUACAUGAUGCUAGACGUGAUUAGCGAGCAAAAUCAUCUUACAAACCUCAUUGUGAACGAUAGGGAGAAUGAGGGAUCUGUAAAACUCGACAAAGACGGACUGAAAGAAUGCCGGAAUUCGUCCGCCGACGAAAUGGAGGAAGAAAUAAAUGAAAGCAGCAAUGGGGCUGACAGCGGAUUGUGGUGGAGGACUAACAGGACGAAAGUACCUGCAGUAAGAAUGAGGAUGAGGCACGAGGCAAGAAUGGAACUUUCUGAAGGAAUGUUGAUGGAGGGUGCCACAUUGGUGGUGGUGCGACCGUUGAGAGGUGGCGGGGAGCGGAAUGAGAUGGAGGAGCAGAGCGGCGACAUUGAAUUGGCCGCUGAAGCCUUCGGGAAAGAAGGAAUUUAUGCUGAGGCUGCAGAGAGAUUGCUCAAGAGCAGAAGUUAUAUUCUAGAAAUGAACUCGUUUUGAUUUACAAGUGUUGAUCUCAAUUUGUUUUGGGCCUUUGGGCAGAUUUUAGUUGUUUAGGUAUUGGCCGCUCAGAAAUGUUGUAAUAUUUUGUAAAUAUCUACGUUAUUUUGUACCGUUCAAUGGGACUAAAAUCAACAGGUUGAUGGUUGAAAUCGAAUGGAAGUUUACAUCCUUA